UGAGGGUGGCGGAGUGCCGUCGGACCGAACUGAUGACCUGAGACGCUCCACGACCGUGUCAGCCAUGGUGGCUCAGGCGCGCCGUGACCCGGCCGGGGGCAAGGGGGGCGACUCAACCAGCUCCCAGCUCACGGUGGCGGUGCGGAUCCGUCCUCUCAUGAACAACGAGAAGGCACGGGGCCGCGUAGCCGAGGCUCUGGAUGACAAGAUGGUGACGUUGAUGGACAACGAUGGAGACAAAAACGAUGUCCUUCGUCAAAAACGGCGACAGGAAAAACAGUUUGUGUACGACAUCGCCUUCGGAGAGGACUCUAGCCAAAAAGUGGUGUACGAGCGCACGACUCGGGACCUGGUACAGGACGUCCUGAAGGGGUACAACGCCACAGUGUUCGCCUACGGUCCUACAGGCGCUGGUAAAACGUUCACAAUGGUGGGAACCGCUGAACAGCCCGGUAUCAUGGUCCGAGCGCUCAAUGACCUCUUCAAGGUCAUGGAGGAAAACAAGGAGGAGCAGGAUUUCAAGAUGACGCUGAGUUAUUUGGAGAUUUAUAAUGAAAACAUCCGCGACCUCCUGAAGCCCAGCACUGGAACUUUGGACCUCAGGGAGGACGCCAAGAGGGGCACCAUUGACGUGGCAGGCCUCUCCGAGGUCACGACACAAAGUACAAAAGAGGUGAUGCGGCUCCUGACCAAAGGGAACAAGGAGCGAACCAUGGAGUCGACUGCCGCCAACAAAACCUCCUCCAGAAGUCACGCCCUACUCAUGGUGAACGUGCGCCAGCAGUCGCGGGUGCGUGACAUUCACGAGACGGUGAAGACGGGUCGGCUCUACAUGAUCGACCUGGCCGGCUCAGAGCGCGCCAAACGCACCAAGAACCAAGGGAAGCGACUACAAGAAGGCGCCCACAUCAACCGCUCUCUGCUGGCCCUUGGGAACUGUAUAAACGCGCUGGCCGUCAAAGGAGCGAAAUACGUCAACUACAGAGACUCCAAGCUCACCAGACUCCUGAAGGACGCCCUCUCGGGUAACUGUCGAACCGUCAUGAUCGCUCACAUCAGUCCGGCGAUGGCGCAGCGGGACGAGACCUUCAACACUCUGGUGUACGCCGACCGAGCCAAGAACAUCACCAACAAGGUGAAGCGGAACGUCCUAGAUGUCACCCACCAAGUCUCGCAAUAUCAGAACAUUAUUGCCGAGCUCAAGGACGAGAUCGGACGACUCAAAACAAAAAUCACCGACAAGGACGAGCAGCCGGAGACGCCGGAUCCGACUUCACAGCCUCGCAGCCAAGAGCAGGAGGAGGAGCUUCGGGAGCUCCGCAAACAGCUCGUUAACCUCUUCAGAGAACAGAUGGAGUUGAGACACCAGGUGAUCGAGAUCGAUAACGUAUUGCUCUGGCUGGCCAUGGAGUUUGAGAAGCAGACGGCACUCAUCAACGAGUACGAACAGGAGCGGACCAUUCGACGGCGACGACUGGAGAACGCCUCAGAAGCGUCAGACAGCCCAGACGGCGUGUUCGAGGAUGAGGAGGAGGAGGAGGAACCUGAGGACAUCGUUCAGGCCUGGGAUGAUCUGCGCUAUAUCCAGGAGGAGGAGCAGAGAUACCAGGAUAUGCGUAAGAACGCAGAAGCAGACCUCAUCGACCUCAGAGAGAAGGCCAGUAAAAUGGAAGAGGCUCUGCCGGACAAAACGUCAACGGACGAACAGAAGGAGCUGCUCGAACUGCUGCUGAAGACGCACGAGCUCGAAAUAGAAAACAUGGAGAUGCGAAGUAAUCAGCUGAUCAAAGACCACGAGCUGCGGCGGCGAGAUCUGAUGAUCCUGCGAUAUGAUCGCCAGCGGACGCUUUGUGACGAGAUCAUCAGCCGGCAGAGACAGCUCAUCGAAGACAUGGACAACGGUCGCGGUGCGGGCAGCCUGCAGAUGCCCGCCGAGCUCCAGGAGAUGUACGACCUCUACACACAGGAGGUGCACGGGGCCAACGGACAGCGCAACACACGCUUCCUCAACGAACUCAACGAAAUCCUUCGGACGCCGUCGAUGCUGUCGCUGCGGCCUGGUGACGUCCCCUCGAUCACCCCCCGUCGGCAAUCGACGUUCGACGGACGCCUGCCGCCCAUCAGCAGCGAAAAGGAAGACAAGUUAUUCCAUCCGGCGGCCCGGCGCGGUAGUUUGGAAAUGGAGCAGGGCAGGCGGCCGGAGAGCCCUCUCAGUGUUCGCAGCGCCACCAAUUCUGUGCCCAACUCGGCCUCUUCCCCGCUGCAACUGCCGCCGAUUGCCAUUGGCGCCGCCUCGCCCGAGCCCACCGAGGCCGACCGCCUGGAGAUGCGGCAGAACCUGCGCGGCAUCAACUCGGUCCUCGGAAGGCGCGGCCGAGGCAGGCGACUCUCGGGAUCCGCCGAGGCUCUGAAUUCAGCGGGUGGAGGCAACGGCGACACUGUCAGGCCGUACCGACUGCGGCGAGCCAGCAGUUACGACGAGCUCGGCUCAUUGGCUGACCUUCGCCGGCGCCGGACUGGGUCACUGAGGGACCGGCGCGGCCCAGAACGGAUAUCGCUUGGCGCCAGGCACGGAGAGCCCAUCGUCGAGUCCGAUGACGAGGGCGACGGGACGCGGCUGCCAUCGCUGCAAUCCCGACCCGCUGGCCGUCGCCGGGGGUCACUGCACGACAGCGGCCUUCCGCCGCUGCCCUCCAUCAGCAAUGGACGCAAGUCUCGCUGGUCUGCCCGGCCGCAGUCGGGUAGCUCCGUGCUUAGUUUCUCCCUGCUGCGCUGAGCUCAGAGAGUGAGCUGUUAGCGGAGCGACCGGGGAGUGCUGUCGUCCCGUCCGCGCGGAACGGAUAGGGAGGGCGGUCUGGCGGGUGCCUCGGCAGGCAGUGCAGGAGAGGAAGCAGAGAGGCAGCAGGAAGGAGGCUCGGAGGAGACUUCAGAGAGACAGCAGGAAGGAAGUUGGGAGGAAUCAGCAGAGAGGCAGUAGGAAGGCAGCACAGAAGCAGCUAGGGAGGCAGCUGGUAGGCAGCUGUUGUAGGCGGCUGCCCCUGUAGUGACCAGCAUCCCGAACCAACGCAUCCGCCCAGAAGCUAAGCCCUGAGAAUAGUGAUUCUAGAUGAACACAACAGGGCAAAAGCAGUGCACAUCGAUUGGGUCACGCCGCCGAGGUUUCUCUCUGGUGCUCGUGCCUCGUAGCUCCAGCCCGAUGCUGGGCUGGAGGCGGUCGGUUUGCUGAGCGGUUUGGGGUGUUUUAGUGGUAACUGGUAUCCGGUGCAUUGCAAUGUCGGCUACCGUCUACCGUCCACACAUUGCGCUCGUGACGCUUUGUACAAUCUCGAUGUAUAGCUGUCAAUGUACGAAUAGUUUCUUGAGUCCUGCAGACUGCAGUUGCGUUCCAAUAUCGCUAUCACGGUCUCCGUCCCCUCAACCCGCCGGGGACGAUUUUUCCCCAGGGAAACGUCUGGUGCAUUGUGGCCGUGGGCCGACCGGUGUUUUUCAGUCUGCUCUGCAAACUGUAAUACCAAUGCGGCCAGUUGCCGCUGUAUGUGCGUGUGGUCUGAAGCGCUGCUGGGAUUCACGACCGGUGGGCGGUUGCCCACCUUAGCAAGUACAUUAGGCAGAAAAUAUUGUGCAGCGUGACAUUAUGUCAUGAUGAGGCAUUAAUGGCGAAACAGUUCAAUAUGUAGACAGGCUCUCUGGCUACAAUCAGUACCGUCAGUGCAUCGAAACUGUGAUAAGCUAUUUAUUUUCUUCUAGGGUAUAAACACCCUGUUAUCCCCUCUUGUUUGAAAUAUACUUCGUGGUGCA